AUGGCUGCUGUUCAGUAUGAUCACGCAUAUCCCCUCGACAACCAGGAAGAGGUCAGCAGGCUGGGCAACCAGCACGACGUAAUCAAGGAUACCACGGGAGGGCGCCUCAUCCUUGCUCCGAUCGACUUCACUGCAUCCCCGCUCAAGAUUUUGGAUUCUGGCACUGCUGAUGGAACAUGGAUUCGCGACGUUGCUGGGCUGUAUCCCUCUAUCGAACACGAAUUCUACGGCACCGACAUCAAACCAGCGGAGUUCCCAGUUGACCCGCCGAAGGGCACUAACUACCAGGUUCACGAUAUCAACAACCCUUGGCCUGGCGAUUGGGAAGGCCGCUUUGAUUUUGUUCACCAGCGUCUUGUACUAGUCGCUGCUGGCGCUAACCAAGAGAAUGCUCUCAAGUCACUCGGGCGUCUGGUGAGACCUGGUGGGUGGAUUCAGGUCAUGGAGGCCACGAAUGAACUCCCCGAGAGCUGCGGGCCGGAAAUGCGUAAAUUCGUCGGCGUCAUGAACUCCGUCUUCCAAGUCAUGGGCGCCGACCUGAAGGCGACCGAGCGAAUCUCGGAGUGGCUCGGGGAAGCCGGCUUCGUUGACAUCGAGCACUGCACUCUUCCAAUGAAGCUCGGUGCCCAGAACCCGGAUGCUACUCUCGCUCAGAGGGGGGUGUUCUCUACAAGCACGGCUGCCAAAGGACUUGCCAAGUUCGCAAAGAGCCUGCCGCCUGGCACUACAGACCUCUCCAGUGAGGAGUUGGACACCCUCGGUACUGGCUUGGAGAAGGAGCUCAUGAAAGUGGGCGGGGUGUAUCCGUUGCAGGCGGUAUGGGGGCGCAAACCAGUCUGA